GCUUCAUCCUGUUCGUGAUUGGUGGUGGAAGUUGGGUGGAAGAAUACUUUGGCUCUGAGUGGCUAAGGUUUCUCAUUGUGUAUAUAUAUAAAUAAUUUCGCCGGAAAGUGCAGAGAACAAAGUACAAGAACGUGGUGUUGUCCUUAAACUGAGAAUCUGAACUAAAACGCCAUGGAUUUCGAGGAAUUCCGCAUAAGGGGUAAAGAGAUGGUGGAUUUCAUCAUAGAUUACCUGAAAACCGUCGAACAGCGUCCGGUCUAUCCAGCGGUGCAGCCCGGGUACCUGCGGCCGCUUAUCCCAGACAGCGCGCCCCAGGACCCCGACAGUUACGAGGACCUGAUGAAGGAUGUUGAGAGAGUCAUCAUGCCGGGGGUCACCCACUGGCAGAGUCCUCAUUUUCACGCCUAUUUCCCCGCUUCCAUCUCCUUUCCCGGCAUGCUGGGUGAUAUGCUGUCUGGAGCCAUCGGCUGCAUUGGCUUUACAUGGGCUGCAAGCCCUGCAUGUACAGAGUUGGAGACGGUGAUGCUUGACUGGCUGGGGAAGAUGCUGAACCUACCUGAAGAGUUUCUAGCUGGGACUGGGAGUGAAGGUGGUGGAGUGAUACAGAGCACAGCCAGUGAAAGUACACUGGUGGCACUUCUUGCAGCAAAAAGGAAGAUGAUUACACAAGUUCAGGCAAACAAUCCUGAUGUUGAAGAAAGCAUGAUCAUGUCUAAGCUGGUGGCCUACACAUCAGAUCAGUCUCACUCUUCUGUUGAACGAGCAGGAUUGAUUGGUGGGACCAAAAUGAGAAAACUAUCCACUGAUGAGAAAUUCAGUCUUCGUGGGGAGACACUGAAACAAGCUCUAGAAGAAGAUAAAGCUUUGGGUCUCAUUCCUUUCUUUCUUUGUGCAACACUUGGUACCACUCCCUCGUGUUCAUUUGACAACAUUAUGGAGCUAGGACCAAUCUGUAACUCUGAAAAUAUCUGGAUGCACAUUGAUGCAGCCUAUGCAGGAAGUGCUUUCAUCUGUCCAGAAUUCAGACCUCUUUUAAAUGGAGUGGAGUUUUCCAAUUCUUUCAACUUUAAUCCUCACAAGUGGCUUUUGGUGAACUUUGAUUGCUCAGCCAUGUGGGUGAAGAAAAGAUCAGAAAUUAUUGGAGCUUUUAAAAUGGAUCCUCUUUACCUGAAACAUGAUCAUCAGGACUCUGGAGUCAUCACUGAUUAUAGGCACUGGCAGAUACCUCUGGGACGCAGAUUCCGUUCUCUGAAAAUGUGGUUUGUGCUCAGAUUGUACGGAGUAAAAGGACUUCAAGAAUUUAUUCGCAAGCAUGUGAAUCUAGCGCAUGAAUUUGAGAGUUUGGUACGUCAAGAUGAGCGAUUUGAGGUUGUUGGAGACGUGGUAUUGGGACUGGUGUGCUUCAGAAUAAAGGGCACAAAUGAUUUAAACGAAAAACUCUUAAAAGGGAUAAAUGAUACGAGGAAGAUUCAUAUUGUGCCAUGUCAACUUCGAGACAAGUUUGUCCUCCGUUUUGCCAUAUGUGGAUGUGCAACUGAGAGUGAACAUGUCCAAUAUGCAUGGCAAAUCAUAAAUGAGAUUGCCACAAAUCUUCAAAUAGGCUCUCAAUAAUACAUAGCAUCUGCAAUACAACACCGUACAUUGUAAAGCAUAUGUGUUAAAUGAAGACAUUUUAAUCAUCUAUCUUUUGCUGAUUAGAAAUUACUAUAGGACAAUACUCCGUGAACUGAAUCUACUAUCGCUCUUGAAUAACUUUUGACUUGGUGUAAAUUUUAUUAUUUGAUGGUAUGUUCAAUGAAUAUUUAAAAAAGUGAGAUUAAAUUAUUAUCACUUUUUAUUUGAGUCUGAUUGCUACUGUAUGCAUAUCAACAAUAGUCAGUUCAUAGAACAUCAUAUACACUGAAUGAAUAUGGGACUAUGCUUCCAUUACAAAAAAAUAAAUGUUCUGCAAACUCUAAACUGAACUAU